AUGAAAAUUCGAGUGGUUCAGAUCUGGGGGUUCCUGAUGACGGUACUGGGUUGGAUCUUUGUGGCCUGCACUAUGGCAAUGGAGGGCUGGAAGAUUGCCUCCGUUGGGGGCAUGGGAGGUUCGGCUGUCAUCAAGGUAGCCUGGCACUGGACUAGUCUGUGGAGAUCUUGUUUUACAGACUCAACUGCUGUCACCAACUGUAAGGAUUUCCCUGUACUCUGGUCUGUGGAAGACUAUGUCCAAAUAGUGAGAGCCCUGUUGAUGUCGGCUCUUUCUGUAGGCAUGCUGGGGUUUGUACUUAGUCUGCUGGGUAUGGAGUGCACCUACAUUGGAGGAAAAGUACAAUCAAAAUACAAGAAGAUCUACAUUGGUGGAUGUUGCCACAUCAUCAGUGGAGUGCUGUCCACAUCUGGGUAUGGUGUCUAUGCACAGUAUGUCUAUGCAAUACAUAUUGACCCUGGUCCCACUGGACUCCAGUUUAACCUUGGCACCCCAAUAUUUCUCGGCUGGGUGGGUUCAGCCUUUCACAUCACUGGUGGUGCCUUCUAUCUAUGGUCAGUGUGCACACCCCUAUGUGGAGGAGAGAAAAAGGUGAUUGUCAAGGGAUUGCCAGACCCAUUGCAAAACAAGUCCACCACAUCUCUGUCCACAGUGUCGGAGAUCACAUCCAAGACCAAACUGUCCUCUAUUUCUGAGCUAUUAUCAAGGUCUGAGGGCUCAGAUUUAUCUAGCAUUGCCUCAAGAUCCAGACGCACGACCAAUUCAGGGCGUUCCACCCAGUCAGAAAGACUGAAAGAGGAAGAUAGAGAGAUGUUUUGA